GUUUGCUACCCCGCACGCGAGAACGGUCAUUUGGCACUUUCGACCCUUUCUAGUUCUACCCUACCAACCCUACUUACCCUUUCCGAAACCGAAACAAGACUCCUGAACGUUUUGAACCGUUCACGCUAUGCGAUUUCUUCUUGUGGGUGUCAACCUAGAGAUCAGUGGUGUCAACGGCCAGAAACGAACUCACGAAACGCACCUGGGCGAUCCAGCUACUCAGGAAAAACGUACACAGAGAACGUUGAGCGGUUAAAAUGUUCGUCACAGCGGAACCUGUAGCACCUGUAGAGCCGAAGACCACCGGAAAAAAACAGCAGCGGUGUUUUGAUUUUGACGUCCAAUAGCGUGUCGCAAUAACAUCCCGUGACCGCGUUGAUCCAAUCCCAAUGGGGAUCGCAGGUGACGUCGCUUUGGGCUUCUUCACGAGCGUUUCGGUUUCGACGUUGGUUUCGACUCCAGCUGCUCCAGCCGCUCCAGCUGGGGUGCCGAACAUUCGAACGCGAUUCUGCAGCCAGACGGGGGAGUGCCCUUAGCUGGGCCGCUUCCGAAUUUCCCGUUGUCCGGAUCGAUGUUUUGGUUUUUCAACAGCUGGAAGGACGCAGCGGCAGCAGUCCCGAGCCCUCCCGCCCCGUGGACGGCCAGCGGCACCCUCACGUGGCUAUUCACCGAGGCGGCACGCACGGUGUCCGCCACUUUCUCGGACGCCGACGAGUUCCAGCUGAACAUCCUCAAGAGCCUGCUGGUCAUUCUGGCCGUCACGCUGGUCCUGAUCGCCUACGCGUGGAGGCAGCACGGUCAGCGCAUCUCCGAGCGCUUCGAUAAAACGGCAUCCAACCGGAGCCUGGAAGAGUUCAAGAAGGAGGCACACCUGCUGAAGCUACCGCAGGAGCACUCUCCACGCAUCUGAUGGCCGCCAUCCGGGACUUCUUCAACAAGCGCAAAGCACAGCUCAAGUUCAAGCAAGCCGGGCCAGGGCACGUGCUCUCUGGCGAAGGUGCGCACAGCCGCGCCCCGCCCGGCCCAAGCCGGGUCGCCGCACCCACCAGAGCACCUGCCCCGCCAUCCCAGGAAGCACAGAGGGCAGCCGCAGCUGCGCUGGCACGGCUAGAGCGCAGCCACGCCCAGGCCAACCCAAACUGGUCUGCGUCUGCCAUCAAGGCCCAGGCACGCAGGGAACUUGAGCAGGAGCAGGAGCAGGCUGCUCGACACGAAAAGACAGGGAGGCAGGAAACAGCCCAGAAGGCUCCCAAGCAACAGGAGCAGCGGACCGUGCUGUUUUCCUGUCCGCUGCUGGGACCGGACGUCCGUCUGCCACUGGGGGAGCUGCGAGACCGCAUCCGGCAAUUUCUGUAUGACCAGCUGGAGGAAGAGCCCGGCCUCGGGGCGUGCCUGCUCAUACACACCUGCAACCCAGCAGCCAAGGUGGAGGCCGGAGUGGACACGCUGUGCAAGUACCUGACCAACAUAGUGGACCACCCGGGCGAGGAGAAGUACCGGCGCAUCCGCCUGUCCAACAAGAUCCUCCAGGAGCGGGUGCUGCCCCUGGAGGGGGCCGCCCAGUUCCUGGAGGCGGCGGGCUUCGAGCAAACGGACGACUGCUUCGUCUUCCCGGAAGACGGGGACAUGGAGCAGCUGUGCGUGCUCCGGGACGCCCUGCGCACUGCGGAGCCCGUGCUGCCCAUGCUGGAUCGGGGCCUGCGGGUGCUGACGCCCGCCCAGGGGCGCUCCGACGUGCAGUUGCCCGACGAGUUCUUCCACCUGACGCCCGAAGAGCUGCUCAGGGAGCAGGAGGCCAGGACAAAGGAGGUGGAGGUCCGACAGAUGCUGCGGACCAAGGCCAUGCGGGAACGGGACGAGCGGCGCGACCUGUCCCAGUACAAGUAUGCGCUGGUCCGCAUCCGCCUACCCUGUGGCCUGCUCGUCGAGGGCACGUUCUCGGUGCACGAGCGGCUGGCAGCAGUGCACGCCUUCCUGCUCGACCAGCUCGAGGAGCGUCCCCCGGAGGGGCCGGAGCUGCUGUCCCCCGGGGGCCAGCGGCUGGACCAGCCGGAUGCCAGCCUGCUCCAGCUGGGGCUGGUCCCCAGCGUGGUGCUCACGGCGUCGGACGGCCGGCUCAGGCCUGGUCUGCGGGAGCUUGCCGAGCCCCUCCAAUAAAGCGCGGCCACAGCAGCA